AUGAGUACUUUAAGAGCUCCCCCUGGGUUUGAAGGCAUGAUGUUUGUACCGCUCUCCGUCUCCAGACAAAGUGAUGGAUGGGAGAUGAAGUUCAUAGCCAAUGACUUCAAUAAUUUCAUUGGCCGAAAGGCUAGCUGCGACCUCGCACCCGUGACUUGUGGCUCCUGCAUCAGAGCUAGGGUGAUUCGCACUGGAUAUCGGGACACCGAAAAGCUGCGCAUCAGAGAUGAAACUGACAGCCUACAUCGGAAAGCGGCGGCUGUGCGUCGGCGCGCCAAUGGAAGCAGUGAUAGAGGAGAAUCGCUACUGCUGGAAUUGAGAGCUGCCAAUACCGAACCACGUUAUCUUCCGGUAGCACUCGAUGUUCAGGCGAAAGAGUUAUUUUUCGACCAUUAUAUUCUUGCAGUAUACCUUUCACACCAGUUCGGCUCGCAAAAAGCGCGUUUAACUGCUUUGGAAAGAUAUACAAGAGCUCUUGGCGUCAUGAAUAAAGUUCUAGAAUCACCUGAAACAUCAAAGGAGAUGACGACACUCUUCACAACUCUACUUUUGGAUCUGUUCGAAAAGCUCUCAACUACUCAACCUCCUGGAAAUCGAGGGUGGAGUAACCACUUACGAGAAGCUCUGGCUAUAUUCCAAGUAUAUGGAGAUCAAUUUACUACAUCAAGUAAUGCGAUGCGUGCUUUCACACGACUGAGCACAAAUUUGCUCAUUACCUCUCUCGCAGCAGGUACUGCUCUCCCGAGUGGCUUCUUUCGCCUCCGAGAAUAUUAG